CGCAAAAAUAAUAAAAAGUUUUAUCAUUCAUAUUGAUUGUAUCAGGAAAACCGCGGCUGGUCUCAUAUCAACAACUCUCGACUCGAUCCCGAUCAAUUCCGCCAUGGCGCCUUCUCCGUUCGAUCCUUUCAACCAAGAACCUGUUGCUGUAAGGAAAAAGAACAAUGGACCCCCAAUCAAGUUCCUUGUUCCUCUCAUAUACGCCCCUGUUCUACCUCUAAUUCGUUUGUCGCUGCGGCAUAAACCUGUUUUGAGAGAUCGUUUGUUUACUGCUGUGCUGGCUGGUGCUUUUGCUCAUGGUUUCUAUUUGAUAUCGGAUUUGUAUGAUGCUGAGAGUAAAUGAUUAUGCAGAGCAUGUAUCAGGCAUUGGAUCAGUAUUGUUUACAUCACAACCUCAGGUCCUCAAUAAAUUAUUUGACUUCUGUUUGCUGCUCAAGCUCAACAUCCUGGUAACACCUUAAAUAGAUAAAAUUUAUCAUGUAUGAAUAUGUAGUUUUUCCAUUUUUUUUUGGAAGAUUAUAUUGUGCCAUGUACUAAUAUUUGAGAAUUGCAUCCCAUACUAUUUGAGAAUUGAAUCUUGUAUUGCGGAUUUAGCUUUUAAUCGAAUAAUUGUGGAAUUUGGAGGCGGUUCAUGAGCUCCUCCAAGUUUUAUAGUGCAAGCAAAA